AUGCUUUACGCCGCAUCACUGCUCGCAUUGAGCGCCACCGCCUCGGCUAUCAACCUGUUCGUCUCCGACUACAGUGGGAAUGUCACCACCCUCUCGCUCGAAUCCAGCAACGGCAACUACUCCCUCACCAAGACCCACGCCAGUGAUGGCUGUUUCCCCAACCCCUCCUGGUUGGAGAUCGAUGCUGCCAAUGGCCUUCUAUACUGCUCCAACGAAGGUCUAGAAACGGUCAACGGCUCUCUUUCUACCUUCUCCAUUGCCCGUGAUGGCAGCAUCAGUCUCAUCCAAAAUACCACGACCAUCUCCGGACCAGUCAGCAGCACAAUCUAUGGCGAUCCAUCUGGUCGCAAAGCCCUUGCUCUGGCGCAUUACACCGGAUCUGCGGUCAGCACUUACCUCCUCGACCCAUUCACGCCCGGCAACAUAUCACUCAGCCAAGAAUUCACCUACACCUUGGACCAUCCCCCUCCGACCGAACGCCAGCUGACACCUCAUCCUCACGAGAUAUUCACGGAUCCCACCGGUGAAUACCUUCUCGUUCCAGAUCUCGGCGCUGAUCUUGUCAGAAUCUUCUGCUACGACUCGGAAACCCUCAAGCUCACUCCUACUGCACCACUCAAGGUCCCCGCGGGCUCUGGACCACGCCACGGUGUUUUCUACAACCCUUCCGGCUUUGUAGGUGGAGCGACUUACUUCUAUCUCGUGUCGGAAUUGACGGCCAAAGUCACAAGCUACGCUGUGACCUACCUUCCCCACAACAAAGGACUGGAGUUCAAGGAGAUGACAUCCGUUGGCACGAGCUUUCUCUUCAACAUCCCCGAACAAGGUGCGCCAGCAGAGAUUGCCAUUUCCCCAGACAACCGCUUCCUGGUCAUCUCCAACCGAAAUACUACCGCUUUUACCCUCCCUCUCGACGGAGGCGUAUCGGAUUCCCUUUCCACCUGGGCGCUCAAAGACGAUGGAUCGUUCCGCUUCCACCAGCUCUGGCCCACGGGCGGCGAGUGGCCGCGUCACUUUUCGAUGAACGCCGUGGGAAACUUUGUCGCUGUAGGCAACCAGAAUAGUCAGAGUGUGGUCAUUCUCGAAAGGGAUGUCCAGAGUGGUUUGGUUGGAGAGCCGGUUGCAAAGAUUACGCUCGGAGGAAAUGUCACUACGGUCGUCUGGGAUGAGCGAAGUGCUCUGGGUCGGCUGGGAAGUUAG